GCGGGAAUUCAGUCUUUGAAUACUGUGCUUAAGGUUAGACGCGUUAUUCCGUUCUCGAUAAGGUUUCACUGUGACUUCGUUAUAUACAUAGUAAUUAUUGUUGAUAAUCAACGCUUGAGCAAAGCUAUUAAAAGAUUCUUAAUAAAUAAAAAAAAAACACUUUAAUUAAGUUUGGAGUGUAGUGUUAAGUCAAGUUUUUAGUGCAAUUGGAUUGUGAAUUUUAUUAUUGACUUAGUACAUUGGAAAUGAUAUUAAGAAGACCUAAUAAAUGUAAAAUCAUGAAAUUAAAUAAGAUUCGACUGCGUUCAAUAAAGCAGUGGACAGUGCGAAUUUGAGGAAAGGCGUCCAGGGGAUGACGCUCGGAGGUGAAGACGAACGAAGUGGUGCGGGGUGAGCUGGUGCGGGGCAUGUGGGUGCUGUUGAUACUCGCUUUGGCGGCAGCCGCCACCGCCGACUGUCCCCACCACUGCGAGUGCAAGUGGCGGAGUGGCAAAGAAUCUGCAUUGUGCGCACACGCUGGCCUCACCGCUGUCCCACCACGGCUCGAUCCCACCACACAACUUCUUGAUCUUGCCCAAAAUAGCUUACCUAUUCUUCGUAAUGAUGCUUUUGCUGCUGCUGGUCUUCUUAAUCUACAACGCCUGUAUCUUCCCUCCUGCAACGUGCGAACUAUACGAAAUUUUGCAUUUCGUGCUCUUGUAAACUUGGUUGAACUUGAUCUUUCUCGCAAUCUACUCGAUAACAUACCAUCGCACGCUUUUGAUUCUAUUCCGGAGCUACGUGAGUUACGCCUAAGUGGAAAUCCUAUAACAAAAAUAUCAGAUGAAGCGUUUUUAGCUUUACCUCAUUUAGUACGGCUAACUUUGAGUGCCUGUAAAAUAUCUGAAAUUGGACCCCGAGGUUUUAUUGGAUUAGAAGCAUCUCUUGAAUACUUAGAGUUAAGUAAAAAUAAACUGCAGGUCCUACAUGUUGCCGUUUUAGCGCCAUUAAGAUCGCUAAAGGGUUUGGAAUUAGCAAAUAACCCGUGGGAUUGUACUUGUGCUUUAAGACCAAUGCGGGAUUGGAUGAUAAGAAGAAAUGUGCCUGCUACAGUAGUACCAGAUUGUGCUCUACCACCCCGGUUAAUGUCUCAAUCGUGGGAUCGUCUUGAUCUAGAAGAUUUUGCGUGUCGACCAGAAGUAAGCGCAGCUAGAACUCAUUUUAAAGGUGUAGAAGGGGAAGAAGUUACGCUGGUAUGUCGAGUAUCGGGUGUACCUGCACCACGAGUUAGAUGGAUUCGAGCGGGCCGUUUACUUGCUAAUACAACAGCGACUAAUGUCAAUUCUGGAAGGACUUUUAUGUUACGUAGUGAAGGAAAAACUAGUAAUUUAACUAUUAAAUCAACAGAUAUUCAGGAUACUGGAUCUUAUACGUGUAAUGCUGAAAACCGUGCAGGAAAAGCAGAAGUGACUUUAAGUUUGGUAAUUGAAAAGAAACCACAAAAUAGAAGUUUUGGUGGGCGAGCUCUUAUGGCAGGGAUGGCAGUAUCUGCUGUGAUAGUAUUAAGUUCGUGUUUAAUAGUAUUAUGUGCUUAUGAAACUCGUAAAAAAAGACAAUUAGAUAGGUGGAAUGAACAGAUUGUGACAACAAAUCAUCGUGAUGAUAGCUAUGAAAAAAUAGAGGCAAAUAUUAAAAACAGUGUUGAAGUUCCAAGAGUUAUACCUAACGAAGGAGGUCGAAAAAGAGGAGAUUAUAGAAAUGUACCUUCACAUGAUCCGGAAGAUGACUAUCAAAGUUAUUUGAGAAAUGAGGUACAAGAAGAGGUAGAUACAUCUAUAACACCACCUACAGAAACGGCAUGGCAUCAGCCAGAGUACAGUUCGAGAAAUACAAGAAAUAGUGUUCCUGAAAGAGAUCUUCAUAUACCGCGAUUCAGCGACUACAACUUACGCGCCGAUGAAACUUUAGAAUCAGUACAGAGUUCAAAUUCAACAGGAGUCCUCAGUGCACAUGUAGAGAUUUUAUCAGAAAACAAUCGAUUUAAUAAUAAUCUUCGAUCAUGUCCUCGACCACGAACACGCGAUCGUCUUGAUAAUGACCUUUCGGGGAGCGAUAGUGAAAAAAACUACCCGGACUUAAUAGAAAUGAGUGCUUUAGGAACUUCUUCUUAUUUACGGAAUGAAUUGAAACAUGACCCUUAUUAUUUCUAUACUAUUCCUCGAAGAAAAGAUGGAGAUAGUCGUAGUCCUUUACUUAGUAGUAGAAGAAAUAGUUCUGGUGGAGAUUCAGCUACAUUUUUUGAUAGACCUUAUGAAAAAAAUAGACAAAGGCAUUCUGGGCGACGAUCAAAUAGUUUUUUAGACCUUUCUACGGGUGGUAAUAGGAUUCAUCGUAAUCCUAGUCUUCCCGCAUCGCCAUCGAGGGAACAGCCCACAGUACCGUCCGCUACACCUCUGUUAGAUCUUUCAGGCCUUCGUGAUUAUAGUCGAACCGGUCAACCAUUGGAAGAUUUUGACUUUAGAGCAUCACAGCUUGAAAAAUUUUUAGAAGAAUACAGGAGCUUAAGAGAGCAACUUUCAAGGAUGAAAGAAACUAGAGAAAAUUUACAGAGAAAUAGAGCAGUAGAUAACGAAGAAUUGAGAUCUAUUUUGAAAGGAAAACCAAGUGUAGCUGUGACAGAAACCUCAUCCUCUGUAGCUCUAGCUGAUGCAGCGUCCCCGUUAGCUCUUAGUCCACCAGAGUACAAGCCACAACAAUCCAGACCUGAGUGGCUUACUACUUUGUUGUAUCGUAAUUAAAUAGAUAGCAGGUGCUGUGUUGUGAAUUUUUAUCACCACUGACUAAAAGUAAAGUGUGUUAAAAAAGAACCAGUCGUUGAUCAUUUCUACUUUAGUAAUUAAGUAGAUUAUGUACAGACAGAAGUUCAGUAUUUGUUAGUAACUAUAAAAUUGUAAAUAUUUGAACUGAUGAUUAUGAUAAGGAUAUAAAUUGUUUAUAAGCGAAGUGAUAUCAUGGAAGCAUUCUUUUAAAGUUGAAAUAAAUGAAAUU